CCUAAGUUCUAAGACUUCUAACUCUUUUAAGACUUUCAAAUUCCAACUGAUUACUUCGCCAACUGCUUUUGAUCUCAAACUUAACGCCUAUUAAACCGCUUCAAAUUUUUUAAUUUUUUUUUUGGAGGAAAAAUCCCCUUUUAACGCAGAGUAGAAAACUAGAAAUAGGAAAGUUUUAUUUCUCAAAAAAAAAAAAAAAAAAAAAAAAAGUUUACUCCUAUGCGAAGUAUACUAAUGUAUUUUUAUAAUUAUAUAUAUACGGUACCUCUUGUCCUCUUUGUCUUCAUAUACUCUUUUUUAUUUUUUAUUAUUUUUUUUAAAAAAAAUUACCUCGUAUACUCUUCUUCGAUCUCCCUCAUCUUAUUUAUAACAAAAAAAAAAAAAAAAAUUAAUACGGAGUAAAAAAAAACUCUCCAUCUUCAAUACUUUUGGCUGCUGCACUCUAUUCCUAAGGUCUGCUCAAGUUGGAUUUUGACUUCAAAUAUUUGGUAUGGCAAAUUGGAGUGAUAUCCCUCAAGACAUUGCUAGAAAGAUUGCUACAGAACAUGUUGAAUCUUUGGAAGAUUUCGAAACUCUUUCGGAGGUUUCUUCCAAGUGGAGAGAUGCAACGAAGGGUGUCAAUUUCUGCCCGUCUAAAAACACACAACACCCUUGGUUAAUGUUAGUUGACCCUCCUACCUCUUCAUACCAUAGACUUUACAGCCUCUCCAAACGCAUGUUUCGAAAAUUCGAUCUUCCCCAACUAGAAGAUGAUGACCACCACAGAUUUUUUUCUUCCAAGGGGUGGCUUAUUGCUGUGAGUAGGAGAAACCGCAACAUCACCCUUUUUGAUCCCGUUUCUGGAAAAGUCAUAAAGCCACCAAGUCUUCCACUUUGCAUGCUACGACGGGACGAGCCAUGGGACGAUGAAAGCUAUACAUACCAGUUUUUCAAAUUUAUUCUAACAGGGUGACCAUCUUGUUGUGAUGAUGAUGUUGCAGUUGCAAUGAUAUUCGACAUAACGCAACGUUUGGCUAUUUGGAAACCUGGGGAACACAAGUGGACUGUUAUUCCAACAACGAAUAAUUGGAUUUUUGAUGUGUGUUUUUUCAAAGGGGAAUUAUACGCCAUUGAUCAUUUAGGUAAGAUUAUAGCCUUUGGAGUUGAGGUAGCAAAACAACCACCAGGAACCGUAGUAGACUUAAUUGAUCAAGGUGUUUUAUUAAGACAAUCAACAGGACAGUUAUACCUAGUGGAAGCGGAAAGUACAUUAUUGGUGAUACAUAGGUAUGUGCAUUUAGCUGGAGAUGAUGAUGAACCGGACUAUCCGAAAAUAGAUGAAGCGCAUUAUAGGACUACUAAAUUUGAGAUAUAUGAGUUGGAUGUUGACAACUGGAAAGCUAAAGAAGUUGAGGGUGUGGGCAAACGAGCCAUCUUUGUCGGCUUAGGAUCUUCUACCUUCUCUGUAGAUGCAUCUUUGGAUAAAUGCGGUUGUAAGGCUAAUUGUAUCUAUUUUACUGAUGACAACAUAGAGGCUUAUUGUAGUUCUAAGUUGGGAGGAGGAAGCGAUAUGGGUGUAUACAGAUUGGAUGAGAAAAUCAUUGAUCGAUUUUAUAAAGGUCCAUCACAGUUUUGUUUUAUUACUCCACCUAUUUGGGUGGAACGCCCUCAUUAUUAGACAUAACAUCUUAUUAGGGAAAUUAUUAAUUUAUGUAUUGUGAAAGCAAAAUAAUUUGAUUCUUUUAUAAUAUCAUGUAGUUAUAAUGAA